GAAACCUCUUCUCUGACAUGGUGUCCACUUCUCGACUUACAGAUCCAGGUAUGUUCUGUGACUUUAACGGCAAGAAGUACAGUCCAGGAGAGAGCUGGCACCCUUACCUGGAGCCUCAAGGGCUGAUGUACUGCAUCCGAUGCACCUGCUUGGAGAGCACAAACGUGAGCUGCUACCGGAUCCAGUGCCCGGCCGUGCAUUGCAUCAAUCCCGUCACCGAGCCCCAGCAGUGCUGCCCACGCUGCGCCGAGCCGCACACGCCGUCUGGCCUCCGGGCGCCUGUGAAGUCUUGCCAAUACAACGGGACGACCUACCAACAAGGGGAGAUGUUUACCACCAGUGAGCUCUUCCCUUCUCGGCAGCCCCAUCAGUGCGUCCAGUGCAGCUGCUCUGAAGGCCAGAUUUACUGCGGCUUGGUGACGUGCCCUGAACUGCUGUGCUCCUCUCCCCUCACUGUGCCAGACUCCUGCUGCCAAGUCUGCAAAGAUGGUUCCUAUGAGAAAUCCACCGAAGAGGAGCCCCUGCAAUUAAACAGAGGUGUUAGACAUUCCCAAGAGCAGUGCUCUGGGGAAAUGGCCAGCCGGAGGUCGGGUCGCCGGGGGGUGACUCCAUCCCCUAUCAUGAGUUCCUCGCUGGAGUUCAUCCCCCGGGGCUUCAAGCCGAAAGGGGCAGGUGGCACCACAGUCCAAAUCGUCUUGAAAGAAAAGCAUAAAAAAGCUUGCGUUUACAACGGGAAGACCUACUCCCAUGGAGAGGUGUGGCACCCUGCCUUCCGACUGUACGGCACCCUGCCAUGCAUCCUGUGCACAUGCAAAGAUGGGGUCCAGGACUGCCAGAAGAUCACAUGUCCCAAGGAAUAUCCCUGUGAAUAUCCAGAGAAAGUAGAAGGGAAGUGCUGCAAAGUAUGCUCAGAGGCCAGAGUCAAGCCCACUGAUGAAAUAAGCACCCCCAGAUGUACCAAGCACCUGAACAGGGUUUUGGUCUACAUGUUUGUGCCCCCCAGCUCGGAGACCCCCAGGGAGCUCCUGCGGAAGAUCGCGAUCGAGAAAGAAGCUUCCGACGAGGUGGAAAUUUACAACUGGAAACUGGUAAAAGGGAUAUUUCACUUGAUACAGAUCAAGAAGAUUAGGAAACAGGAGUUCAAGCAAGAAGCAAAGAACUUCAGGCUGAUCACCAGAACAAAUGAAGGUCACUGGAACAUCUUCAGAGCUCAAACAUCAGAACUUAAGAUGACAGAAAGUCCAGAGAAAGAAACAAAGAACUUGUGAAGAAAAAAAUUAUAUAAAUAUAUGAAAAAAUGCAUUAUUAAAUAAACUGGCACAGCAAUAAAAGGAAAAAAAAAAGACUAAUGUAAAUUAAAAACUCAAGCAACCAAGCCAAACCAGCGACAACAGAUCUGAGUGUGAAAUACAGCUACAACCAUGGAUGUGACACCCUUGGGAGUGCUCCAACAGAUGGGCAGGGGGUCAACCUGCUUUCUUCUGCUUCUCCGAGAUUUCAGGUGCGUGAAGAAAGGCAAAGUGGGCAGGAGAGAUGCCUGGAAGGCCUGAUUCACUGCGAAGGAAGAAAACGCAACCCCCUGUCUCCAGCUGCUGGUACCUCUCGAGAGCAUCAUGAGCUGAUGAUGAAACAGCAUGGGAAUCUCCUUCCUUCCACCAUGACCAGCUUAGAGGGAACCUGCAAAGAGAGAAAAUGCCCUGUUUUCUUUCUUGGCAUUUUUGUGAUGUACAACCUUCCCCUACCACCACUCCCACCUCCGUAAACAAUAUUAUUUAGGGCUAUCAGAGCUUUAUUUCUCUGUUGUAGCUGGAAGGUUUCCUGGAGGACUUGAGACCUGGUGAUGUCCUUAUCCCAUCCAACGCCUAAGCCAAGGUUCAGCCUGGUUCUCAGCACACACAAAACGUGAGUCCUCUGAGGAGUGCUGCUAGCUUUUCUGGACUGAACUAUCUUUAUUCUUGAAGUCAGGCGUGUGCUCUGGAAUCUGGCCGAAUCGGGGCCCUGAACAAGCCGCUAAGAGGAAAGAGGAUGCUUAGUUCAAUUGUUUGCGAUGACUUGUAUUGGGUUUCUUUUACUUAUGACCUGUUUAAUCCAAACUCCUGACCAGCAGCAGGAAAUAAGGCUCUCCUUGUGAGAGACUCAGAUAUCCUUCUCACUCAUUGGGCAUGUCUACAUAUGCAUUUAUGCUGGCUUCAAUUGGCUGCACAGUAAGUUACUGCGCAUUAAGUGGGAAUAGGAUGGUGUCUACACGCACAGGCAUUAAAGCAGAUUAACGCUGUGUGUGGACUGACGUGGGACUGAAGUUAGGCCCAAGUU